AUGCGAUCCCCCCUCGCCGCCGCCCUCCUCCUAACCUCGUCGGCCUCGCUGGCGCUAGGCCAAGGCUUUUACGAAUCCUGCUUUCGAACCUGGGAGCUGGGCUACCACCACAACAGCAACUUUGUCGUGGCGAGAUGUCCAUCCACUCCCGCCUCCUCUGCGCCUGCUCCCCCUCCCAACAAUACCGCGGUGCCCGCUGCCGGCGGCAACGUGACCAGCGCCAUUGACUUGCUCGACUGCCUCAAGAAUACCGAGGGCGUCUUGGAGCCCGGACGGCUGGGCCACGCGUUUUACUCUUGUCAGGAUUGUGUGGCUUCGACUACCGAUGCUACUAUUUCUUGCCAGUGUCGGAAUUCGCACAAUGAUUAUCUGCCCACGUCCCUUGAUUUGGAUACCGUCAUCACAAACAACAAUGGCAUUUUGGGAUGCUUUGAUCUACCAGGUUAG